AUGUAUAGAGACAGACAAUUUCAGAACACGAGUCUGGAUGAUUUGGAAGAUAGUGAAGACAUUGAUAGUGCUUCCAGAAUCUUGCAAAAUUUCAGAAAAAAAAAUGCAAGAGUGUUUAAUAAAUUAUUUCAUAUGCCAUCGGCAAAGGAUGCAGGACCAGAUAAAAAUCAGUCGUAUGGAUUACGUUUUGUCAGCAUGUCAGAAGAUACUGACAAAGGGAUGUUAGCAAAUGAUAAAUCAGACGAAGAAAAUAGAUUGUCGGGAACAAAUAAUGGUAAUACUUCUAAAGAAAUUCAGAUUCCUGAAACACAAGAAGGAGACAAACAACAAGAAGACAGAAAUAAUGUUACUCCCUUUCUUGUGAGAGCACUUUCGCCGCAUACCAUAAAUCAGAAGAGUUUAAAUGAACUCAAUGAAGAAAAAAUUGUUCCAGAAAAAUCAAGUACAUGUCGCUCAUUAUUUUCAUCAGAUUCUUCGAAAUCUAUUCCUCUUCCAACAUUCAAUGUUAUUUCCUCAACACCAAUGCGGAGAAUUAGGAAGAGUUUUUGUGGGAAUUUGUUUGGAACAGAAACACCCAUCGCGAAACAUGCAAAUGAUAAUCAAGCGAUACGAAACAAAUCUGAUGAAAUUAUUCGAACUCCAACUGUAACAUCAAUUGCAAAUAUCGAGCAAGAUUUGAGACAGCAAUAUCAAAAUCAUCCUAUUGAAGAAAAUACUAAAGCAAACAAUAAAACAUCUCAAGAAGUGACAGAAGCAAAUACAUCAAGCUCUCGAAUUGAAAUUGAAGAAAUCACAGAUGUUUGUGAGCCAGUCAGACCUCAAAAUACGACUGAUAUGAAUCAAAUUCGAAUGGUAGAAACUCCUUUAGUGAGACCAAAUAAACAAAUCAAUGUUAAAUCUGCCAAACAAAAUGAUGCCUUAAGACAAGCACAAGUAACAAGUGAUGAAAGUGGCAUAACGACUCCUGCUAAUAUUAGAGAAUGUUCAAUACAAAUUGAAACAAUCACCACUCAAGAGUAUCAAAGUGUGAUGAACAUUCCAAGAAGUUGUGCAAAUGUAGUAGUCGAGAGAAUUGCAGGAAACAAAAGCCCCAAUGGAAAUAACAAAAAUGUGAAUAAUCAUGUGGGAGAUUUAGCAAAAGCAGAUGCAAAUUUAAAGAAUGCUAAUGCUAAUGACAGUUUAUCCAAAACUGUUCCUGGGGAAGUAGUUCAAUCGUUUCGUAAUCUUCGAAAGCGCUCAGCUAACGAAGCUACUAUUUCUCUUGACAAUUCCAAUCAAAAUCCAAAAUUAUCGAUGAAAAUUUCUGCUCCGUCAAGAAAACGAAAGAUCUGCAAGAUAAAUGAAACAACAAAGUCCUACAUAAACUUGACAAAUGACAGAAAGAAGAAAAGUUCAAAAGCACAAGUUCGAAUUUCUAGAACAAGACAACUAUAUGCCGAUGUCAGUUAUUCACAAGAACAAAUUGUUUCUCAAGAAGAAAAUUUGAACAGCAGCCCUGAAGAAAUUGAGAGUGAAGAAAUCAUUACAAAUCCCAAUCAUCAACCAUCUCUUACAACUAAUAAAAACACUACGAUUGAUGCAGACCAUGUAUCAAAUCAACAGCAAUCUAUUGAGGAUGAGACAAACAAUUUACAGGAAAAAGAACAAUUCACAAUUACAAAAACAUCAAGUGCUAAAGUUUCAAAGGAAAAAAGUAAGGGAAAAAGUUCAAAGACAGAAACGAAAUCCUCAAAAACAAGAAAAGAAAGAUCAAAAAGACAAAAACAUAUUUCAAUGGAAGAAAAUGAUGAGAAUAUGCAUGAAGAUGAAAAUAAAUGCAAUAACAUUCGAUAUGAUCCUUAUAAAAUGGGAUGUACUAGGCUGGGAUUAAGACCAAGACGAUAUGCAAGACCUUAUUGGACAACCGAUAAGGACAUUUAUAUUACUUAUACUGAUUUUAGCGUCAAGCAAUUGAAAGCUGAACAGAUGCUUAGACGCGAAAUGGGGAAGGAUCAUGUCAGUCAGAAGCAAAUAUUUCAUUCAGAUUAUCAUAAUUUUUUGAAACCAACGGACAAAUUAAAGAUGUAUAAAGAAUCUAAGCAUUCUAUCAAAAAAAGAACAAAAACAUUUCAAAAGACUUUGGGUUCGAAAGCAAACUCAACUGUUUCUUCAAAGAUUUCAACAACAUCAACAUCUGCAACAUCAGGAUCAUCUGUAAAGUCGAGUUCGUUGUUGAGCAUUUUAAAUGCAGAAACCACUGUUCAACCAAGUAGUCAGAGAAAUAUUCCACAUUUUAUGCUUUCUGAGCAUUUCGAUAUGGCUGAUGUGUCAAAUUUGAAAUUUAGAGAUUGUGGAAAUGGACUUUACUUUGGUUCCUACAUUAAAAAUAAAAAUGAUGGAAUCAUUAAACUUAUUUCUGGUGGACAUAAACCAAAAGCUCGUUCAAAAACAUCAUUCCUGAAAUUUUUGGUUCUUCAUGGGAAAGUUGAGUUUAAAAUAGAAAACGAGAUUGUUAUGUUGGGUGAAUACGGCUACUUAAACAUCAAGCCAGGCAGUUACUAUGAGAUAAGAAACAAUAGUGACGAUGUUGCUGUCGUAUCAUUCGUAAGAAUUGAACGGCAGUAUUCAGUGAUUGAAGACGCAGAUUGA